GGGCUGGCAUGAGCGGCUCUUCGGCGGCGCCGGGGGGCGGGUUAGCCGUCGCCGCCUGAGCCCCGGCCUGCCGCCCGACCCCACCUCGCUGACCGAGGCUGAGCGCGGAGCGUGCGAACGACCCCGCUACUGCUUUCUUCCUCCCUCAGAUCACACAUCCCAGCCCCGGAAGAUGGGGAACUGCCUCAAGUCCCCCACUUCGGAUGACAUCUCCCUGCUUCACGAGUCUCAGUCCGACCGGGCUAGCUUUGGCGAGGGGACGGAGCCGGAUCAGGAGCCGCCGCCGCCAUAUCAGGAACAAGUUCCAGUUCCGGUCUAUCAUCCAACACCUAGCCAGACUCGCCUAGCAACUCAGCUGACUGAAGAGGAACAAAUUAGGAUAGCUCAAAGAAUAGGCCUUAUACAGCAUCUGCCUAAAGGAGUUUAUGACCCUGGAAGAGAUGGAUCAGAAAAAAAGAUCCGGGAGUGUGUGAUCUGUAUGAUGGACUUUGUUUACGGGGACCCAAUUCGAUUUCUGCCGUGCAUGCACAUCUAUCACCUGGACUGUAUAGAUGACUGGUUGAUGAGAUCCUUCACGUGCCCCUCCUGCAUGGAGCCAGUUGAUGCAGCACUGCUUUCGUCCUACGAGACUAAUUGAGCCAGGGUCUCUCAUCUGACUUCAAGUGAACCAUCAUUUUUGGUGGUUUUGAUCUUUUGUCACUGAGCCCAAAGAGCCAGGGAUUAGGAAUUAAGAUCAUGCACAAAAGUCUCCUAAAAAUUCCUGCAUGGCUGCAGGAAUUCCUGAAUGGCUGCAGAUGUUGGGGAAAAAAAGUAUGUGAUAUUUUAGAAACUUAGGGGGAAAAGUAGGAAGGUAUUUUUAUGUAAAGCCUUGACCCAGUGUUCAAAAAUAUAAUUGUAUUUAGAUCUUGUUAUUGCUCCAGUACAUAGGAAUUGUGUAAAGUGUUAAACAGCAGCUGUAUGUGUUUAAAUUGUGUAUGUUGAAGAUUAGGAAAAAGAUAGUGGUUGUUUUUCCUAAAUGAAAUAACUUUCUUCUUCCCCCCACCCAAAUUCUUUUCUCAAGUUGCUGGCAUUUGGGUCAAGGUUUUAUUAAAAGCUACAUUUUAUAACACUGGCACAAAAAAAGUAGUUUUAAGCUUGUUUGCACAGUUCUUUUUUUCCAUUGGAAAUGGAAUUCAUUGCCUUAGGUCUUUUUAAAUAGUGUAUUAUUAUCGUUGGGGCUGGCUCUAUGCUUGAAAACCAGUUUAUUUAUAACCUGUUAUAAGUGCUAUAUCUGUUUGCAGUUAGGAAAUGCAGAAUUCAAAGUGAUCUCCUAGCUUGUAAGCAAACUGAGAUGCACUAUCCCUUUUCUAUAAAAAAAUGAGUUAAUGUGUCAAGAAACCAACUCUAGUAAAGUGGGGUUUAAUAUUACCCUUUCUUAUGUGUUUCACCUAAUUAUUUUGGUUGUUAAUAUGGUGAUAAUUAAAAGUCAAGGUAAAUUUUAAAUAUUAAGAAUUCUGAUUUAUUGAGCUUGAAUUAUGCCACCAUGCUUAUGUAGAAAUGAAAGUGGCACCAUGGUUAAACUGAGAAAAUUUCACAGUUGCAACAAUUUUGAUUUAUUCUUUCCUGUGACCUCCUUCCCUGUUGUCUUGAACAUAGCAAAAGGAUACUGCAUCUCUUCUUAUUGUAGUGCUGAGGUUACUGAAGUUAUAUAAAACACAUCUCUGUUUCUGUUGGAAGGACAGUCCUGCUAGUUGACUGACAAUUCUAAGCAGGGAGAAUUAAGAUAAAUGUGUUUCAUGUUUUGCACACAAAUGCAGAAUUUGUAUAACCACAUGACUUCAUAGUUGUGAUCUCAAAAAAGAAGGAAUUUCUCUUAUCUUUUUCUUGCAGUUAAUAUAAGAACACUGAAUCUCUAAGCUUCUGAAGUGUUAGAGGUAGAGAUGGUCUAGUAAAGAUGUAGUUGUAAUGUUUUCUCCAUUUAGCAUGUGUUUAUUUUUCUUUAUGUACUCGAAGGUGACGUAUUUGUUCAACUCAGUGAUAUUACAGCUAAAAAAUCAUUCAUUAGCAAAAGGAGAAGCAAUCUCAACCCAACAAAUCAGAAAUGUUUCUUUUUAUUUUAUAUUGAGUUGAAUAUUUGACUUGAACACUUUUCUAAAUAAAAAACACAAGUCUCUCGAA